CCGUCAAAUCGGAAGUUGAUCCAUUCACAUGGAAACGAGGCUCAUUUGACUGUGUUUCGAAGCUUGUCAUUGUGCUCUCUCGUCAAAUUUUCGGUGAUGAUGGAGGUACUUUGUGAUUUCGAGGCUGGACUGGCUGAGAAUGAGAGAGGGUUAGUUUACCUGCGCGCACGCUCGGCUGGACUGACGCUUUGCGGGUGCGCGCACGCAGUUUUCCUGUGUAAACUCAUCCAGUCACUGAGGAGUCGCACAGCAAACAGAGACUGUCCAGGAGAGCACAGUGACCUCUGUGUUGGGAUACUUGGGAUGGGUAACAUGGGGAGACAGUUGCUCUUGUCCCUCCUUCAAAAGUCUGUCAUCAAACCAUCACACAUUAAGAUCUCCAGCAGAAGACCAGAAUCUGCAGAGGCUUUCACCCGGACAGGAGUUGAAUGUUUCUUCGACAAUGGCAGACUGGCAGCGUGGGCAGAUGUUCUGUUCCUCUGCUGUCUGCCCUCUCACCUCCCCAAAGUCUGCGCUGAUCUCCGCCCUCACCUGUCAAAGCACUGCCUUGUGUACAGCUUCACCUCCGCUGUGCCUGUCACCAGAUUAGCACAGCGUCUUGGACACGACUUCAUUCUCAAACCACAGUAUGACUUUGUAGCUUCUGACACUGCAGACGUGUGGCUGUCCUGCACUCGUCUGACCGCGGCUUUGACGGAUCCAGUGCUGAUAGAGGCGUCCUGUCCUCUCACAAUGAGUGGUGGGAUUUCUCUGGGUCUGAGCUGGGUGUCUGCAGUUUUGUACAGCCUGCUAAAUAUCUGCACCUCUGCCAGCCUGGGAUCCAGCGAUGCCCUCAUUCUGGUCAAUAGUGUCCUUGAAGAGAGACGGCCAAGGAAUGUGGAAUUAAAUUCUCUGAGUUUUAUCAAUGCAUCUUCCCUUCAACCAGAGGAGCCUUUUCCUUGGAUUUCUCUUACUAAUGCCCAGACCAAGAAGACGCCCCUGCUGUGUUUUCUAUCAAGCAGCAAAUCUAUGCAGCAGUGCAUCUCUGCAGCAUACAAAUCACUGCUAGAGACCACAGCAACAUCAGACAGUUGUGUUUUGAAAAUAAAAACGUAAUGUAUGCAGUAUUGCAGUUGAAUAAAUGGGUCUCAAUAGUGUAUUUCAAUUUAACCAGUAGUUUUUCAUGCAUAGUCAUUGUUCUCCUUUGAUUUGUGUGAAAGCAUCUCUAAUGUCUGCUCCGCCACUGUUGAUUGAAUUGUUUCUCUAAUUGUGUUCAACUAUUCCUUAUCUUUUUAUUAUAAAUAAAGUUUAAAAAACAA